AUGGCGUUCCAGCAGUUACACCAGCUGGUGGAAAGUGCACAUGUGUAUACCAAACACUCCGAGGGUCGUGGUAAUGGGCUAUUCGCCUCACAAGAUACAGCUCCCAAGUCUAGGGUGAUUUUCGUUGAACGGCCGCUUCUGAUUGCGCUAGAAACCUCCAAGCUUUCCACCCAUUGCUAUACGUGCCUCAGAUCUCCAGAAGACUCCUGCUAUGCCAUUGUAAACGGCGGGGCGCCGAGUUUGAAGAUUUGUAGUGGAUGCAAAGUGGUGAAAUUCUGUGACAAGAAAUGCCAAUCUCAGGCCUGGUCGCAGUAUCAUCGCUUGGAAUGUAAACUCUACGCCAGAUUACACCCACGAGUGCUCCCCAGCGCAGUCCGGGCUAUCACACGUCUUCUGAAGCAGCACAAAGCAGGGAUGCUUACGAAAGGAGAGUGGGAGGAACUCCUUGCAUUAGAGAGCCACCAGCAGGAUAUGGCCAAAGAAGGAGGAGAACGCUGGCAAGACUUUUUGUUAAUGAUCCAGGGGAUCGUGUCCUACUCGGGGACUAAUCACACUCCCGACGUGAUACUUCGACUCCUUUGCUUGUUAGCUGUGAACUCUUUCGCCCUCACGAAUCCAACAUUCGAUCCCAUUGGAAUGGUUCUCCAUCCCAAACCGGCCUUAUUUAACCACUCUUGCGAACCAAAUGCUUUUGUCAGAUUUGACGUGCCAGCGUCAUCGAGGCAGCCUGACAUUCCAACAUGCGGCAGUAUAUCCGUCUAUGCGGUGCGAUCCAUUGCUAAAGAUGAAGAAAUUACGCUUUCAUACAUCGACACGACAUAUCCAUUCGACAGGAGACAACACGAGCUGAGAGGUCGAUAUUUCUUCACUUGUUCAUGCGACCUGUGUGCAAAGGGUCCUAACUCUCCUCGAGACCAUUACCUGUCGCCACCUCCUUCAACAGCGAUCGACAUUGGGAAUGAGGCUGAGCAUAUCCUUUUGCGCGUGGAGGCAAAACCAGGCCUCGAGCAUACUCAAAUUGACGAGAUCAGAGAUCGCAUGGAACAACUGGCCAACACGGGUGUCUGGCCUCUCCAUCGCUAUCCAUUUCCGCAACUGCGCCAGCAGCUGCUAUCGGCACUGCUCAACUUGAACAGAUUUCCCGAGGCGUUACUGCAGUCAGCUAUGUUAGUGCGAAUGACGCUCCCCAUCAUGUUUGAGCAGGACUACGAUCCGACUCUCCUCAUGCAUAUGUGGACGUUUUGGAAUAUCUGUGGACACUGUCUGGGAAUGAAAAUGCAGAACCUCACACUGACCGAGCCGAUCCCAUGCGAUGUCCAAAUGCUCGGACUGCUGGGUUGUGUCGUGAUUGAUGAUAUGCAUACCGCUUUGAGUGAAGGCGUUAGAGCGAAUGGCGAGCUGGAACACGUCGUAGACGAGGCAUUUGAACAGGUAAAAAUCGAAAGAGCUUUCUGGGAAGUAUACCAGCAAACUCCCGAGGACACUCGCCAAGCUGUAUGGUUAUGGAUGGAUGGCCAACUGGAGACUUUAUUGAGGAAUGGGGGCGUUUCUCAAGACAUUAUCGACUUCUCUAUGAAGAGACAAGGCUGA